UUUGAAUGCUGGAAACAUUACUUGAAAUGUCUUCAUCUAACAGGAAUUCCAAGGAGCAAUUCCAUUGGUAGAGUUUCCGACUGUGUCUCCAAUCUGAAUGAUACAUUACCAAACUCAGAGGAGGCAAUCCGUAGAGGGGAAUAUGCUGUAAUUAGAAGCUUGAUUCGGGUAUUAGAGGGUGGUGUUGAAGGCAAAAGACAAGUGGAUAAAGUCAUUGACAAAUGUUCCUCUAUGCAGAACUUACGUGAAGCUAUUGCUAUCUACCGCAAUAGUAUUUUGCGCCAACCUGAUGAGAUGAAGAGAGAGGCUGCACUUUCGUUUUUUGUGGAGUACCUAGAAAGAUAUUACUUCCUUAUAUGUUUUGCUGUAUAUCUCCAUACACAACGAGAUGCACUAUUUUCUAGGUCCUCUGCUCAGUGCAGCUUUAGCGAUUGGAUGAAAGCAAGACCAGAGUUGUAUAGUAUAAUCCGUCGGUUGCUAAGGAGAGACCCUAUGGGAGCACUUGGCUACGUGAGUCUGAAACCUUCUCUUGCUAAAUUGGUUGACACUGCUGAUAGUCGCCCUUGUGAGAUGGGGCAAGUUGCUGCUUUGAGGAACGGAGAGGUUCUUGGACCUCAAACUGUUCUUAAAAGUGACCACUGUCCUGGCUGUCAACAUCCUGGCUUGCCAGAAAUAUUAGAAGGUGCUCCUAACUUUAGAGAAAUUCCAGGUUUUCCUGUCUAUGGUGUUGCGAAUCCCACCGUCAAUGGGAUUCGAUCUGUAAUUCAAAGGAUUGGUAGCUCCAAAGGUGGGCAUCCAGUUUUCUGGCACAAUAUGAGAGAAGAACCUGUUAUCUACAUCAACGGAAAACCAUUUGUACUCCGUGAGGUUGAAAGGCCGUAUAAAAAUAUGCUUGAAUACACGGGUAUCGAUCGUGAAAGAGUGGAAAAAAUGGAAGCUCGAUUAAAGGAUGACAUUAUGCGAGAAGCUGACCGUUAUCAAGGUGCAAUAAUGGUAUUUGAUGCUUGGGAACAUGUGAGCUCUGAUGCAGUUCAAACUCCCGUGGAGGUCUUUAAGUGCUUGGAAGCUGAUGGUUUUCCUAUAAAGUAUGCCCGUGUUCCUAUCACUGAUGGCAAAGCUCCCAAAAGUUCUGACUUCGAUUUAUUGACUUUUAAUAUAGCAUCUGCUUCCAAAGAUACUGCUUUUGUCUUUAAUUGCCAGAUGGGUAUAGGGAGGACUACUACUGGAACUGUAAUUGCAUGCCUUUUGAAAUCACGUAUUGAUCAUGGGAGACCCAUUAGAGUAUUAAAUGAUGCAUCAAAUCCAGACGUAGGUGGUGAUAUGUCAAGUGGUGAUGAAAGUGAAGGCGAAGCCCAUCCACCUGCAUUAUUAGUAUCGAAAAAUAGACCUCAAAUAGAUUCAAAUGACGCAUUUGGGAUAAAUGACAUCCUGCUGCUCUGGAAAAUAACAAGAUUGUUUGAUAAUGGGGUGGAAUGCCGAGAGGCCUUA